GUAAUAUUCAAGCUAGAAAGUCACAGAAAUCGUUUUAAGAUUCCUUAAACAUUUUAACAAGGAUAUGACAUACUAGUAUAUUGCACUAAUUGAGUAUUGCACUGUAACCUGAAAUAUAAAUGUUAUCAGUAACUUUUUUCAGGUUGUAGACCAAUGAGGAGAUCGUCAGCCUGUGCGGAGUUGCUAGGUUACGAACAGGUGUCACUACCGAACAUUUUCGGUCAUCAUCAGCUGUCAGAUAGUGACGUCAUGCUGAAGAGUGUUGUCGUCAGCACCAGGGACUGUUCACAUCCACAGCUCAGGGUCUUAGUCUGCGCUCUAGCUGCACCAAAGUGUCAGAUGUCUCGUCAGCAUUUUCCGUGCCGGUCGCUCUGUGAGGAAGUGUAUGACCAGUGUAGAGAGGGGUGGCUGCUGCCGCCGUGUGAAUUACUUCCUGACACGGACUGUUGGAACGUCAAGCCGACCACUGCUGAACAUGGAGAAGACUGUUACCACGGACGCGGCAUCAACUACCGAGGAGAAUCAAACACCACGGUAUCAGGUACCCGCUGUGAGAGGUGGAGCGAACAGAGGUCCAUCCGUCCCUGGGACUACACAUGGGCAAACCUGGAGGAGAACUACUGUCGGAACCCUGCGGUACACCCGGGCGGGUUCACUCAGCCAUUCUGCGUCACUCUGAACGGCUUGGAGGAGUGCGACAUUUUCCCGUGUGGUCGUCAUGUUAUUACACAAGUGCUCUUGUGUUCCACAGACCAGGGCUGUGAGGAUCCGGGCGAACCCGUGUUUGGUACCAGGAAGCCCGCCAAAAGGUUCUACAAGUUAGGAGAACGAGUGACGUUCACUUGUCACAAGGGUUACAGGCCAGUCUCCGCAGACAUCAGUGCAACCUGUGAGCGUACAGACAACAACAGCACCCGCUGGUCUAAUGGGAAACCAACGUGUGAAGUGGAUAACAGACAGAAACUUCUGGACGAUCUUCUGUCACGUAACACGGUCGGUCAUGGUGACAAGUUGCACCCGCCGGGAGAGGUCGAUAUUCAAUUUCGGGCAUACGUGCAAAAAAUCGUUGAGAUGGACGAGAAGGGAGAACAGAUAGUGACUUCUACCGUUGCUCAGUUUGUAAGUACAUCUAUCUUGUGCUCUUAUAAUAGACACUGAGAAAAGAAGCUUACACGUGUGUUAAAUCUUUAUAUUCCUUACUGUUAUCUACCGAUAAAACUU